AAAAGAAAAAAGAGCAAAAACUAGCUGGAGAGAGAGACAGAGAGAGAUGCGUUCGAGAGAGAAAGAGUGAAGACGAAGAAGAGAACAUGAAGAGAAGAUGGAGGGAAGAGUAGUCAUUCAGAGUGACAACUUUGCUUGCGACGGCCAUUGCUCCGUCCGGUCGAUGAAGACCGAUGAACAAAGCAGACGAAGCCAUCUCACCUCUCCCUCUGGUCGGAGCUCUCGUACCUCUUUCUCAUACCGCCCUUCAGGGUUUUUCAAUUUCACAGGUCCCUCGCUUCGAUUUUUCUCCCUCUCUGUCAAUCUCGUUCUCUCUUUGUCGAUCUCGGCCGCUGCAAAUCAGUGGUUUCUCUCUCGGUCUUUCUCCCUCUCUAUCGAUCUCGAUCGCAAAUCACAGGUUUUUAUCUGACGAUCUCGGUCUCUCUCUAUCGAUCUCGGCCGCAAAUCACAGCAUCUUUCACACAUGGAAGCAUUGUGGUGGAGCUCUGUUACGGAAAUUGAUACAACACAGCCAGCCAUUAAAAUCAAGCUAGGGAGAAAGCUAUGGUUGUUAACUUAGAGUUUAUAAAGGCUAUAGUUACAGCUGAAGAAGUGCUAUUGCUUGAUCCUCUUCCCCGGGAGGUUCUUCCGUUUGUGGAUUAGCUGCGGCAAUGACUUCCUCAUAAAAGCAUGUCCAAAUGUCAAAGGGGGGGUACAAGAUAAUGAAAUGCAAUUAUCAUCUGGGGGACAAUGGUUACCUGUUCCUGAAGCCGUUGAAGGUUUGCAGUGUGACCUCUCAUUUGAGUUUCAAGUUCUUGAGAUUGCAUUGAAGGUUGUCUGUACAUAUUUGGACAUUAGUGUAGCAGACCUUGAGAGAGAUGCUUACCCUGUAUUGGAUGAACUGGUGAGGAAUGUUAGCACCAAGAAUAUUGAGCACGUGAGGAGUUUGAAAAGCAAUCUGACCAGUUUACUUGCACGGGUACAAAAGGUACACAUUAGUGAUUUCUUUUUUCUACUAGUUACAACAGAUUACUUCAUGGUGUUGCUGCACUUGCUAGUUAUUUAUUUAUUUUUGUUUUAUUAACUUUGAUGUGGAAAACUUAUACAUGAGAAAAGAGGAAAGCCCAUGUAUCCAGUAGUCUAUUUUAAAUUGUGUAUCUUCUUUGCAUAAAGUGUAAAAUCAGGUUGGAGUGUAGAUGUCAGUCGUUGGCUAAAUUGGUGGCAAUUAGGUCUUGUUGCAUUCAUUUUCCCUCUUUUGUUUAUCUACAUGUAAAGAAUUUAUGGAUGUGUUUGGUGCAUCA